AUGGCGAUCGUGGGCUUCGGCUUCACCAUCAUCUUCUGCACCACCUUCUGUCGCGCCUGUAACCGCAUGCGCGAGGAGCAGGUGGAGCGCGAGGCCUGGAGGAGGAGCGAGCGAGACGGACGCCCACCUCCCGUCUUCGUCAUCCCCUUCCCCCGCAACGCCUCCCGGGACAGCGACGACACCGGCCCCCGCCUCGGCCGCGAGAGCACGCUGCAGUACACCAACCCGGCCUUCAGCGAGCCGCCUCCCGCCUACAGCGAGUUGGGCUUUAAGCUGGAGGAUCUCCCCCCUGCAUACACACAGUACAGUGUUCCUGUGUAUCCUAUAGCACUGGAGCCUCCAGCAGCAGCAGGGGCCCUGGCACACGGCCCCCAACAUGGGCCCCCACACAGCCCUCCACCUGGGCCCCCAGAGUCGUAG